CCUUCCAAAUAUAUGCCGUAUGACAUCCAUUGUAUCCUUCACCUUCUUACCUGCAACUUUAACGCCCAGAAAAACAAUCAUCAAAACAAGGCGAUAAUCACUAACCUGUUCAUUUUGGAUUUGAGUGUAGUUCUUGAAAUUUCCGAAAAAUGGGUUCUAAAGAGAAGUAUACAAGAACCAAUAGAAGACCAAGAUCAGUAAAAACUGAACAUGAUCAUAAUACCCAUAACAUCAGUAACGGUAAUGCUGUAUUUUCUGAAUCUGGGCUUAGCCCAUUGGGCCCAAUUAAGCCCAAUGCAGAUGGGGGUGAUGAGAGUGGUUGGGGUUACUGUACUGAGGAGCAAUUAGAAGAAAUCUUGUUACAAAAUUUGGAGAUUUUGUAUAGUGAAGCUAUUAAUAAGCUUAUUGGGUUAGGUUAUGAUGAAGAUGUGGCUAUGAAAGCUAUAUUGAAAAAUGGACAUUGUUAUGGUGGAAUGGAUGUUUUGACUAAUAUAUUGCACAACUCAUUGUCGUAUUUAAAUAACGGGAGUAGUGUUUCGAAAUUGGAGGAUUCGGAGCAUUGUUUUGUUGAUUUGAGGCAGUUGGAGGAAUAUUCGUUGGCAGGUAUGGUUUGUUUGUUGCAGCAAGUUAAGCCGCAUUUGAGUAAAGGGGACGCAAUGUGGUGUUUGUUAAUGAGUGAUCUUCAUGUAGGACGGGCGAGCGUGAUGGAAAUUCCUGCUCCAAGUAAUGGGAAUGGUUGUGUUAAUGGGUCGGUGAGUGGGAGUGGUAAUGUUGAGGGUGUUGGCAUGGGUCCUGUUGGGGUUGUGCCCGCUAUGUGUAGAUUUCAUGGUGGUUGGGGUUUUGGGAGUGGCGGUGCUAAUAAUGCGUUUCCGUUGAAUAGGUCAUUUGCGUAUACUGCCUCGGAUUCUAAUUCACAAAAAGAGAUUGAGUGUCCGAAGAGGUUUAAUCUUACUCCUUCGAUGAAAACUUUGCUGAAGAGGAAUGUAGCUGCAUUUGCUGCGGGAUUUAGGUCAAACCCGAAAUAUAUGCAGAAUCAGUCACAGGCUUGUCCUAGUUCUUUGGCUGAUGGGGAUCAAUCAUGUGGAAGUGAAUCAGGGGUUGAAAGUGGACUUGCACAGUCGGGGGACUCCCAAGCUUUGAAAAGCCAAGACGUGGUUAACUCUGUCGUAGGUAAGUUUCGUGAUUUGAAUCUUGAUGGGAAUACAGAGAAGGGAAAUGGACAGCUGGACCAGAAAGACGAGAUGAUUCUAAGUUUGAUCGAUCAAAUAAAGGAUCUUGAGAAGCAGGUCAAGGAACGGAAAGAUUGGGCGCACCAAAAAGCAAUGCAAGCCGCAAGGAAGCUUAGCAAUGACUUGACGGAGCUUAAGACGUUGAGGAUGGAAAGAGAGGAUACCCAAAGAUUAAAGAAGGGUAAACAGGCUGUCGAAGAUACUACCUUGAAGAGGCUAACAGAGAUGGAGAAUGCUCUAAGAAAAGCCAGCGGCCAAGUUGACCGUGCAAACUUGGCUGUGAAAAAGCUUGAGAAUGAGAAUGCAGAAAUCAGGGCAGAGAUGGAGGCUUCUAAGUUAAGCGCAUCAGAAUCUGCAAAAACAUGUAUGGAGGCUGCUAAGAGAGAGAAGAAGUGCAUUAAGAAGCUUGGAGUUUGGGAGAAACAGAAAAAGAAGCUGCAGGAGGAUAUUGCAGCGGAGAAACAAAAGAUUUCAGAUGUACAAAAGCAGCUGGUUCAGGUAGAGGCAGCUCAAAAGGAAGCUGAGGCAAAGUGGAGGCAGGAACAGAAGGCUAAGGAGCAAGCCGUGGCACAAGUAGAGGAAGAACAACGUCUCAAAGAAGCAGCCGAGGCUACUAACAAAAGAAAGCUUGAGGCGUUGCGGCUGAAGAUAGAAAUAGACUUCCAGCGGCACAAGGAUGACCUCCAACGGCUUGAACAGGAUCUUUCUCGGCUUAAAGCGUCUACUGAGCUGCAGAAUCAGUCUGCUAAUUUAGUAACAGGUAACUCUAACGGUGAACAGCCCCACGCUGAUAUUGCAAGGAUGUUACAUGAGUUGGACAGAUUGGAGAAUUCUUCCGAGAAGGAUAGCUCCGAUAGGGAGUGUUUAAUUUGCAAGAAGGAUGAAGUUUCAAUUGUCUUCCUACCUUGCGCUCAUCAAGUUAUGUGUGCGAACUGCAAUGACAAAGGGAAGAAGGGUAGGGCUAAAUGUCCGUGCUGCGGCGUUCCAAUUGAACAGAGGAUCAGGGUCUUUGGUGCAACCUCAUAGGCCUCAUCCCAAAUGCUCAUGAACUAUCUUUUGGAGGUUUAGACAAUAUUCAAGUUACUGUAUUGUCUUAAACAUAUGCUUAUGCUUGAUUGAGUCAGCAUAAUAAAAAUAAACAGCUGCCAAGUUGGUGUAUUUUGCUGCUAUGAUAUUUGCUUAUUAGAGGUAUUGACAAAUGUCCCUUUCUCUUUAA